AAAAUGGCUCCAAACGCAGCUAAGGCCGUACCCCAAUCUCGUUAUGAACCUGAAGUUGGCAUCAAUGCCAUCCUGUUGGGACCUCCCGGCUCUGGAAAGGGAACUCAAGCUCCCUUGUUGAAGGAGAAAUACUGCGUUUGCCAUUUAUCCACCGGUGAUAUGUUGCGUGCUGAAAUCAGUUCCGGUUCGGAAUUGGGUGCCACCUUGAAAAAGGUCAUGGAUGAGGGCAAAUUGGUUUCCGAUGAAUUGGUCGUUGAUAUGAUUGAUAAGAAUUUGGAUAAACCUGAAUGUAAAAAUGGUUUCCUUUUGGAUGGUUUCCCACGCACAGUUGUACAAGCCGAAAAGUUGGAUGAAUUAUUGGCCAAGAGAAAAAGUGAAUUGGAUGCCGUUAUUGAAUUUGCCAUUGAUGAUAGCCUGUUGGUUAGACGUAUUACUGGCCGUUUGAUUCAUGCCGCCAGUGGUCGUUCGUAUCAUGAAGAAUUUGCUCCACCCAAAGUGCCAAUGAAGGAUGAUGUCACUGGUGAACCCUUGAUGAGACGUAGCGAUGACAAUGCCGAAGCCUUGAAAAAGCGCUUGGAAUCCUAUCACAGACAAACCAAACCCUUGGUUGAUUACUAUGCCCUACGCGGUUUGCAUUUUGCUGUUGAUGCUGCCCGCAAAUCCAGUGAUGUCUUCUCCCACAUUGAUUCCAUUUUCCAACGUCAACGCCAACAACGGGCACAACAAUCUUGAUUGGGGGUUUUGUUUAGGAAAUUUUUGGAUA